CACCUUUUUGUCAAGUUGAAUUUGUGUUCUCAUACUAUCGCGUAUUUUUUGUACUUUUUGUAGUUCUAAUAACUGAAGAUCAUCUCGAGUAGCAUUUUACACUACAGAGAAAACAGGUCCGAAGAUGGCACAAAGUAGUAUUAUUGUCCGCUUGGGGCAAAUGGUAGAUUUGGCGCUUUCUAAUACAGAACGUGGAGUGGUCAAUUUCGGACUGAUGCAUGCUUUGCUGCAUGCGAUCAUAGAAAAACUGAAUUUGCAAGAUGUAAGCAUCGAGUUUAUAGGAAAACAAGGCGAGGAAAUUCAACGUUUCAUCGCCGCCAUGGGGGCAGCGCUUCAAGGUGCUGAAGCAGGUGGAGGAGGUAAAUGAGUAUGUGCGGCCUUGAGGUUACCAUACAAUCUAUCAAUUCAUAGACUAUAUCCUUCAGUGAGGCACGGGUAUUACGUAUCUUGAAAAGUGACACUAUGCCGAUUUUUUUUGACAUUAUGUAGGUUCGAGUGUGGUGAUGAAACCAUCAAAAGGCUCGGUAUCCAGUGGAGAAUUUUCAGUAGCACUCACCAAAGACAGUUUCGAUAAGCUGAAGAAAGAUGUGGAUAAACUGAAGAAAAAAGUGAGCCAGUUGGUGAACCUCUCCUCUAACUCUGACAUCAUAGAAGCUGUGAGGCAAAGUGAAGGAGAAAUAAAGCCGGUUCAGGAUAUGUUCCAACUUGUAACAGUGCAAAAAAGACUCGAUACAGCUGAAACAAUAAUGAAGAAGUUAUGCAGCAUGGUUGAAGAUUUGAUCAAAGCUUCUGGAGGCAGCACCGAGAUGCUGUCUCAGCUGGCAGAAGUUCAAAAGGAAGCUCAAGAUGCCGGCGGUGGAACGACUGAGAGCGCGAUGAUAAGCAUCGAAAGACGAUUGGCUGCCCUGGAAAGUGCUAUGGCCAGUGGAGGUGUGGCUGUGCCGCAGCUUGAGGGAGGCGCAGUUCCAGAAAUCGGUUCCGACGUAGAUCUAUCAACCUUCGAUUUGAAUUCCGUCUCAAUCCAGACUGCAAUGGAAAUACUCAAGAAGAGAUUGACAACGCUUAGUGACAAUCUUGCAUCAGUUCCACAACUCAAUAGAGAUGUUGAAGAGAUUAAGAAAUUACUAAAUACUGAUCCAGAAGCCGCUCCGCCAGAGAUGCGUUUGAAAAUGCUCGAGCACAAGUUUGGCGACACGAUGGAUCAACUCAGCUCUUUGGACAACAACUAUUGCCGGCAACUUAACGCUUUGCAGAAUAGAGUCACCGAUAUGGAGAGAGAAACGGCAGAUCUGCUUGAGAAAGCAAAUGUCGGAGGAGGUGCCACAGCUGCGGAAGUUUGUGUUUCAGAUGAAGUUGCAGCCGUUGUAGCAAGUUUGCAGGAAGAAAUGACAAUGCUCACCGAAAAUAUGGAGAGGUUGGUUAAUGAUAAGGAGAAAGGAGAUCAUUUAUUGGACGUAAUAUCAGAACAAGUCGAGCUUCUGAAGACAAUAAAGGCCGACAGAGAAGACUUGGAAGAUGCGUUGGCGGACAAGGCUGACGCGUGUCAGAUCAAUAGAAAGGUGUCAUUCGACCAGUUUGACCAGGCGUGCGGUGACAUGAACAGGACCAUUGAAGAAGCGUUGUCCAAGCUUGGACAACAGGAGAUGCUGUGGAACCAAGCGCUUAUGGAUAUACAGAACAGUGUUGGAAAUAAAUUGGACAGGAUGGAACUGAACCCCCUGCGCGACUUCAUCAACAACAAGUUACGCAGUUUGCAAGACAAAUUCAGAACGUUGACAGCGUUGAAAAAGGAGCAAGAAGCAGCUGGUACCAAGAGCAAGUAUCUGAGGAACGUGAAUUGCAUCUCGUGCGACAAAGAUGUGGUGAUGAGGAAAGAAAUGGACCCUACUCAGUUCCCGAAGCCAUAUGCCGCUCAACCUAACAGGAGUAUGGGACCUUAUUUGGCCUACGAGCUGGAUCAGCUUAGGAAACAACAGAAGUGUGCACCGAGCAGCAAGAACAUGAACAUAUUUGAAAAUGCUCUGCAAGCAGGAAAAUCAGCAUCCAGGGCUCAGGACCACAUCUGCAACCGAUAUUGUGGUGGUAGUCACACUGUGACCACGCCUCAACAACGGGUCACGAGGUUGGGACACUUCCUGGAGCAGUGGGGUCCAGAGUUGGCACCUGUCAAUGAUACGCACAUUCGGGGCAUUGACGGCAAGAUGUACAAGGCUCGUGACGACGAAUUCCUGAAGAAAAUGGCGUCCGAAAAACCUCCAGCCCAGCACGCUGAGCUACCUCCGCCCAUCCAGGUGGUAGCAGGAGGGGAAGAUGCCCCAAAACAAUCUCAAGAAGGCGAAACAGAAGUGAAUGCAAAACGUUCUACCAAUCAGGCGUCUACAACACAGCAACAGGUUGCACUCCCGAACGCAGUAACAUAUCCUUCCGACCACCACGGAGCUGCUGGAGCUGGAGCCGGGCAUGCGCCGUCGUCCACCGCAGCUGUCAGAUCAGGGUCGGCGCAGUUGCGCGUUCCAGAAAGUCCGAAAGGGUCGGUUACGGCGCACGGCGCUGCUGUGGACGAACGAGUUGCGCAUCCAGAGUCUAGGAGAGCUUCAAAAGGAUCGGUUGGACGCACAUCACGAGGCUCGAAAGAUAUGACGCAAUCGAAAUCUCAAUCUUUACCUAAAGUACAUUCGCAACAAGGAGAGCUCAUUGCACCAGCAGAAGCUUCUGAAGAUCUGCAUGCAGAAGGGUGAUCAAGACAGCUUUUACAGAAAAAUGAUUUUAACGAUAUAGAACUUUCUAAUCAAAAUAUUUAUAUUAAUAAACAGCUGUACGAGUAC